AUGGAGAAACACUCCAUGCGUUACCUGCUAUGGGCUGCACUGUUCCUGUUGUACUGCAGCUGCGGGUGUUUGGCUGCUGUUGUGCAGCAGUUACCACAAAAAGGAGAAAGUGCUCUACAGGCAUACACCGUCUCUACUGCUGCUAAGGCUGGUGAGGAUUGGCAGCCCAUCCGCAUUGCUGUGUAUACAAAAUAUGUGGAGGAUGUGAUGAAUUACUGCAAUAAGAAAGAAAUGCCGUCUGAGUACGAUAAAACUACAGACCUUAAAAAAAAUCUUGAAAGCCAGUUUGAAAAACUUUGUACCGGUGAAAAUAAAAUGACAACAAAGAGGAUGCAUAUUCUUUUUAGGGAUCUCCUGCCCCAAGCAAUUAAAUUGCACACAGAUCGCCUUAAAGUGAAGCCAUUGCAAGGGAACCUGAAGCUAUGGAAAGAGGAUUAUGAAGGGGACAUCUCACAUCCAUUGAUAAGAAUUUGCGACCAGUUCUUGGUACCCGAAGAGCAUUUAGAUUCUGGUGUUUCCGAUGCUGAUUUUAUGCUUUACGUGCGUCUCUCGCCAUAUGGGCAAGACUAUCAUAUUUGCACAAGAGACAAAAAUAAUCAGGUCCGACCGACAUCUGCCCGUAUCAGUUUUGUCCCGAAGGAGAUUAACGCAACGAGAUAUCAAAUUCGCUUGGCUGCGCGCAAUAUUGCAUUUGGACUUGGGUUUGGGGAGUUCGUGGACAUCGAACCCAUAGCAGGGACCCUACCAAUUACUGUGAAUGGCGUACCAAAGAGGUCCACCAAGGUGGUGUUAAGUGGCAAUGUGAAGAAGAAGAUGGUGGAGCAUUACAACUGCCAAGACUACGCGGGAAUGAUUUUGCGUUAUAACGGCAGCACGAGCCACUCAGAGUGGGAGAGGCGCAUCGCAAAAGAUGAGUUGAUGAGUCCGUACACUGGUGAACCCACUGGAAUGUUCUACACGGCACUGACGCUUGCAGUAUUUGAUGCAAUGGAUUUCUACCAAGCUGAUUUCGACAUGGCAGAACCCAUGAGUUGGGGGAAAGGAUUUGGAUGUGAACUCUUUACAAGCACGUGCAAAGAUAUCAUCGAAAAAGACUUGGGGAACCUCUCCAAGACCUUCUGCAAGGAAAGUGACGGUGAGCACUCAUUACAGUGUACCUCUGAUCGCUUUGGUCUUGGUGUCUGCUCCGAGGACGACAACACGCAUGGUAUGCCCGAUGGGUACAAGUUCUUUGAAGCUGUUGGUGAACAGAGUGAAAUGAUGAAAGAGUGUCCCAUCAUUAAGCCGUUUCAACAGACCAUGUGCGAGACUGGUGAUGAGACACUGAUGCCUGGAAGUAUUGUGAGCAAUAUGUCACGGUGUCUGGAUGUGGAGGAACCGGUGGAAAUCGAUGAAAAUGGAAAGAAAGUGAAGGUUCAAGGCAUUUGUGCAAAAGUGAAGUGUGAUAAGGACAAGCAGACGGUGAGUGUACAGCUCAAAGGUUAUGAUGAAAAUAAGUGGCAUAAGUGCAGCGAUGACGAGGUAACUAUCGAUGAUGUGGAGGGUUCAGUGUUCAAGAGUGGAACUAUUGUGUGUCCCAAAUUCGAGGAAGUGUGCACGAAAGAGACGGGAACUGAUCCUUUUAACAUUUCAUACAAUGUGGUUAAUGUGCCUGAGGAUGAAGAGCCUAAACAGGAGGAGAAAAAGAAGGAAGCCGAAGUACAGAGCAACUCGAGCACUAAUUCGGAAGCAAGCGGUGACUUGGCAAAUGCUGACACUCAAACGUCCGCUAAUACACAAGGGGGAAGUGCUCCAGCAGCCCCUGAUGUCAACGGCAGUUCUCAGCAGGCCAGUGCUGCACCACAAGGAAAUUCUACCAACACUGAAAGUGCCAGGGAGGAACGACGGGGUCCACAGAGAAGGCGUCGUGAUACUGAUGCUACUACUUCUCAAUCCGCAGCUAAUCCCAACGGCAAUGAAGACGCAAUACAGUCCCCAAACACUGUUUUGAAUGGGACAACAAUCGCUGAGAGGCAAAUAAAAGAAGAAACACUAAAACAAACAAAUGUAACGGUUAUGUUCGGUACUGACGGCAGCACCGUCUCCUCCUACAUGGUCCCUCUUGCACUUCUUGUGUGUGUUGUUGGUUUUGUGAUAGUUCCAUGA